GAGAGCAUAUCCGGUUGACAGGUGAUGCUCUGUUUUUCAGACAGCGGAUGUGCUCUUGCGAGCCUCGUAUAAACUCGCCAUGGAACCGGAGGGAGACAACCGGCUCCUUCAAGACGUGCUGACAAGAGCGGACAACGAGACGUGCGCGGACUGCGGUAACCCAGAGCCGGACUGGGCAUCACUGACUCUGGGUGUGUUUGUUUGUCAGGCCUGCUCGCUUCUUCACCGCAGCAUCCCCCAUAUCAGCAGAGUCAAGUCGGUUCAAGACACGUGGGAUGCGAGUGACGUGGAGUUAAUGGCUGCAAUGGGAAACAAUGUAGCUAAGGCCAAAUAUGAGCAAAAGGUUCCUGCUUUCUACUACAGACCAAAACACACUGACUGCAAGCUUCUGAGAGAGCAGUGGAUCAGAGCCAAGUACGAGAGGAAUGAAUUUGAGUUCAUUGAGAAGCAGGAACCUUACUCCGCAGGAUACCGUGAAGGGUUUCUAUGGAAACGAGGAAGGGACAACGGUCAGUUCCUCAGCCGAAAGUUCAUCCUGUCCGAGAGGGAGGGGGCUCUCAAAUACUUCAACAAGCAUGAUGUGAGCACUAUUCGACUGGUAGUGAUAAACACAUGCAUGUUUUGUAGUAACACUUUUUACAGCGUCGUCUUGUCUAUGUUGCCCCCAUUCAAGGCCAGGGAUCCUAAGGCAGUUAUGAAAAUUGAAACCCUCAACGCUACCUUCCAACCAGCCAAGAUUGGCAACCCGUGCGGCCUGCAGAUCACCUACCUGAAAGACAACAGCACAAGGAACAUCUUUGUCUACCACAGUGAUGCUAAGGAAAUGGUAGACUGGUUCAAUGCAAUCCGAGCGGCCAGGUUCCACUAUCUACAAGUGGCCUACCCUGGAGCGAGUGAUGAAGAGCUGGUGCCCAAAUUGACCCGAAACUUCAUGAGGGAAGGUUUCAUGGAGAAAACAGGUCCAAAGCACACAGAGGGUUUCAAGAAGAGGUGGUUCACAAUGGACGACAGAAGACUGAUGUAUUUCAAAGACCCGCUGGACGCCUACGCCCGCGGCGAAGUAUUCAUCGGCAGUAAGGAGAACAGUUACACCGUCCUGCCUGGCCUGCCACCGACCAUUCAAGGUUACCACUGGAACCAUGGCAUCACCAUCGUCACGCCUGACAGGAAGUUCCUGUUUGCCUGCGAGACUGAGGCUGAGCAACGAGACUGGAUCGCGGCCUUUCAGAGGGUCAUCAAUCGCCCGAUGAGGCCGCAGGAAUACGCAGUGGAGGCUCAUUUCAAACACAAACCCUGAAGCCUUAGGGAAAGCACGACUCAGCUGGAGUGGCUCGGUCUCGUUCGGAGCCCCCAAGUGUGACCGCGGAUCUUCGUUUGGUGUGAUGGGUUGAGAGAAAGGUGUUUUUUCUUGACCACAAUGAAAAUAGACGCUGAAGAAUAAGAGUUAGUAGUGAAUCCAUUAUGAGGGACUGGAGGCUCUAAGGUGUGGAUGAUGUCAUCACUUCUGUGGCCAAUGUUGACAGCCACAUUAUUUUAUAAUGUGAUCAUCACACUGGUUGAUUCACCACAAUGCAAUGUUAAUUUAUUGAAUGUACAGUGUGUGUGUGUGUUUGUAUAUGUGUGCGUCUGUGACGUGCAGUGAGGUUCAUGACUGGUGAGCCGCUGACUCCUUUAAAGUUUUUAUUUAUUUAUUUAUUUAAAUAGUUUUGUGCUCUAAUUAAUUCUAAUAACAAGAAACGACGAGCCACCCUCCAACGCUCAUGUCACGGCGUGCGCCUCGACGUAUGACAUUUCCCUGCAGUUUGUUGUCCAAUUAGCAAGCAUAAUGAUGGAACACUUUCAUUAAAGGCUAUAGAAAGGCAUGGUGGACUGUACUGUAUAAUACGUCGGCUCACAUUGUAUUGGCCACAUGCUGACAGACAGAACACCUGCCAUACAACCCACUUUAUGAAGGAUUGCGCAAUCAGAGAGCUGGCUUGGCAUGCACUGCCUCAUCCUGCCCUGUAUGUAUUUGAUAGGGGGAAGUGCAAAUGUAAUGUUCAAAUAAAGAAAAUACAUGUAUAACAGUUCAAUGAACAAAUGUUGGUUUUAUGUUAUCAUUAGUCGUUAUUUACGAUUAUUUGACAGAGCCUUGCCUCCCUCUGUGCAGUAUGAAUUACUGAUAGUACUGUUAACCACAAUUAUGCAUUAAGAGCACGCCAACUUUCAGUGAUCAUUUGCUCUUAAUCCAGCUGCAGGUGGUUGAUAUUGAUAUGUGUAUCCAGACAGUUCCUCAAGCAUACUGUAUAUAUAUGACAGCUAUUGCCUUCUUUAUUUGUUCUGUUAAACUGUUGCUGUCAUUGUUAAAAAAAAAAAAAAAAUGUUAUCGCUGCUCCAAAAAAACUGUGAUGUAAUCGGACUGUCAUUUUCUGAGGGUUAGUCGUUUUGAUUUUUUUUUUUUAAGUUGUUGAUCAUUCAUCAUUGUUUGUUUGACUAUAAAAAGCCAAUACAGUUUCAUUUCUAUCUGUUGUGUCUUCUGUGUGCACUCUCUAUAUUUGAAUUAUCUUAGUUUAGUAAUUGCUGAGGCUAUGAUGUUCAGGAGAAGUGUGCUUUUGUCAAGUUGAUGGAUUUGGCUUAAAACAGCUACACGAAUGAGAAGAUAAAAACAUCACAAUAUCAUAAGACUAGUUCAUUAGUGCAGUAGCACCCAUUCUAGCAACAUGCUUGUUUCGCAACCACCUUGAGGGCAACGCACGUGUAUGGAAAAUAAAUUACAACUUGCUCAUUUCUCAA